AUGGCAGAUUACGAGAAGAACGGCGUCCAGAAUGGAGAGAAGUCCAAGGCCAAGGUGACGACCGCGGCACCUGUCAAUCCGGCAAGAAAGCAUGACAACCAGCCGGCACCUCUAUCCUCGGCGGCGGCGGCCAAGAAGCCGGGCCUACUGGCUUCCGUCAAGGAGAUGCGGGUAGCCUCGAGUCGCCCUCUUCCGACUGAAAUGGGCGACGGCUCGUACCGCCAGAUUGUGAAUAGGCCGACACUUCGCGAUGAUGUGGGCAGACUCACCAAGCGGGAUUACAAGACCCUCCUCGACAUUGUCAAAGGCAAGCUCAAGGGCGAGACGCAGCAGGAUGACAAGACCAUGAUCAUGGAGAGAACGAUCCAGCUUGUCGCUGCGCUCCCCAACCAUUCCCGAACACAAGAGAAGCUCACCAAUAGCUUUAUUGACAAGCUUUGGAAUUCGCUUGACCACCCCCCUCUGUUGUAUAUCGGGCCCGAAUCUAAGUACCGCCGCCCAGACGGUGCUUAUAACAACCCAACACUGCCAUUCCUCGGUGCUAGGGGUCAUACGUAUUCGCGCUCCUGCAAACCGAAGCACGCUCAAUUGGGUGCCCAACCUGACCCUGCAGCCAUUUAUGAGGCUGUCAUGGCUCGAGAUGGAUUCCGCAAGAACCCCAACAACACUUCGAGUAUUCUCUGGUACUGGGCUACCAUCAUCAUUCACGAUCUGUUCUGGACCGACCAGAGAGACCCCAACAAGAACAACACCUCGUCCUAUCUCGACUUGGCGCCUCUGUACGGUAACACACAGGAAGAGCAGGAUAGCAUCCGAACCUUCAAGAGUGGGCAUCUUAAGCCAGAUUGCUUUGCCGACAAGCGUCUGAUCGGAAACCCUCCCGGCGUCUGCAUUCUUCUCAUCAUGUUCAACCGGUUCCACAACUAUGUUGCGACCAAUCUGGCCGAGAUCAACGAGGACCUCAGAUUCCCUACGCCCACGCCCGGAAUGAGCGAUGAAGAGGCAGCAGCAGUCUGGAAGAAGCAUGACGAGGAGAUCUUCCAGACUGCUCGUCUGGUCACCUCCGGCCUGUACAUAAACAUCACCCUCAUCGAUUAUGUCCGCAAUAUCAUCAACUUGAACCGAUGUGAUACAGCUUGGACCCUUGAUCCCCGUCAGGAGAUGGGUGUCGCUGUGGGAACCAAUAAUGGCUCCGAAGCCGGCGUUGGCAAUGUCGUUUCGGCCGAGUUCAACCUCUGCUACCGCUGGCACUCGUGCAUCUCCGAGCCAGAUGAGAAGUGGAUUGAGGACUUCUACUCGGAGCUCCUGGGCGGCGGUAACUAUGAGGAGAUGGACAUGCGCGCUCUGAUGGGCGCGAUGAAGGCAUUCGAGCAGUCCAUUCCCAAGGAUCCCGCCGAGCGUACCUUUAGUGGGUUCAAGCGUGGAUCUGAUGGACGCUUCAAUGACGACCAGCUCAUGGAGGCUUUGACUCAAGCUAUUGAGUCACCCGGAGGCUCCUUUGGUGGCCGCAACGUGCCCCGCUGCAUGAAGCCCGUCGAGAUUCUGGGAAUCAUGCGUGGCCGUCGUUGGAAUCUGGCCAGUUUGAACGAGUUCCGAAAGCACUUUGGUAUGAAGGCAUAUGACACGUUCGAGGAGAUCAAUUCCGACCCUGUGAUUGCUGAUGGUCUCCGCAACCUGUACCAGCAUCCUGACAAUGUCGAGUUGUAUCCUGGUAUCGUUGCCGAGGAGCGCAAGGAGCCCAUGGUUCCUGGUGUCGGCAUUGCCCCCACCUAUACCAUCUCUCGUGUCGUUCUGUCUGAUGCUGUUGCGCUUGUCCGCGGUGACAGGUACUACACCACUGACUACCACCCGGGCAACUUGACAAAUUGGGGCUACAAAGAGGUCGACUAUGAUCUCAGCGUGAACCAUGGGUGCUCUUUCUUCAAGCUGUUCAUGCGAGGCUUCCCUAACCACUUCAAGUCGGACUCCAUCUAUGCUCACUACCCCAUGGUGACUCCCGACGAGAAUCGUAGGAUCAUGAAGAGCCUGAACCGUGAACACCUCUUCAGCUGGGACCGCCCCACGUCUCACAUCAAUCGCGUCAACGUAACAACAUACGGUGGUGCCAAGUACAUCCUUGAGAAUGUCGACAAGUACAAGAUUGACUGGCAAUCUUCUUUCGGCAGGCUCCUCGGCGACAAACCUCUGCAUGGCAACAGCCGCAAGGCCCUCGAGUCCCUCCUGUACAGGCCUGAAUGGAAGAAGUCUGUAAAGGCUUUCUACUCUGCCAUUGCUGAGACCCUUCUGGCAGAGAAGUCGUACAAGCUUGGCGCACAGACUCAAAUCGACCUUGUCCGUGAUUUCGGUAACCUGGCUCACACACACUUUGUCGCACGUCUGUUCAACCUACCCAUCAAGGACAAGCAAAACCCCAAGGGUCUCUUCUCCGAGCUUGAGCUGUACCAGACCCUCGCUCACAUCUUUGUCGGCGUUUUCUAUGACAGUGACCCCGCCAAAUCCUUUCCUCUGCGACAGGCGACUAAGGAGGCGGCGCAGAAGCUCGGCCGUGCUAUUGAGUUCAAUGUCAAGCUUGCUUCUAAGCUGGGUAUGCGCGGUCUUUACACCCCCAAGCACAAGAAUGAUCCUCUUGAGGCGUACGGUGUCAACUUGAUCAAGGGUCUUUCCAAGGCUGGAGUUGAUCCUCAUGAGAUUACAUAUGGCGAAAUUCUCCCCACUGCUGGAGCAAUGGUGCCCAACCAAGCCGAAGUGUUUGCCCAAGCUGUCGACUUCUACCUCUCCCCUGAGGGUGCUCCUCAUGUCAACGAGAUCCAGCGUGUUGCUGCUCAGCCUUCCAGCGACGAGACCGACGAUAUCCUUCUCGGAUAUGCUCUCGAGGGUGUUCGCAAGGCUGGCACCACAGGACUCUACCGCGAGGCUGCCGGCAAUGAUACCAUCCUUGAGGAUGAUGGCCGCCAGGUCAACAUCAAGACUGGCGACAAGAUCUUCAUCUCUUUCGCCGACGCCGCCAACGACGCCGCCCACUUCCCCCAGCCGGAGAGGAUCGACCCCAGUCGUCCUCGCGACUCCUACAUCCACUACAGUGCCGGCCCCCACAUCGGUCUCGGCCGUGACAUCAGCCAGGUCGCGCUCACUGAGCUGUUCCGCGCCGUCUUCCGCAAGAAGGGCAUUCGUCGUGCUGUUGGACCUCAAGGUGAGCUGAAGAAGAUUCCUCAGCCUGGAGGCUUCUCCGUCUACCUCACCGAGGACUGGGGCAGCACCUUCCCCUUCCCAACCUCCAUGAAGGUUGCUUGGGAUGGACAGUAA